GUUUUGAGAUGAAGCAGAGCGACAAACGAGAAACCGAGAAAGGGGCGGGAACGGAUAAGAUAGCAAAAUGCUGUACCUCCCAUUCUUCCAUUUUCCCCCUUUGCUGCUCGCUCUCAUGGCCACCGCCGCCUUCCUUCCCCCCGCCCCAAUCUUUCGCCCUCGCACCCCCACCGCUCGCCACCGUGGCUUACCCAUCUGCGCCGCCGCCUCCGACGCGCCGCCGCCAGAUGCCGAGACGGACGAGGGAGAGGCCCCACGCGGCGGCCGGAAGGACCGCCGCCGCGUGGUGCGGAUCGCGUGGGAGAAGCUCGUCCGGUGGUCUCGCUCCUGGCGCAGCCGCAACCGCAGCGACGUCCUCGAGACCACGCGCAAGGUGGUGGUCCUCGGAGGGGGCUCGUUCGGAACGGCGAUGGCGGCGCAGGUGGCAGCCAAGAAGCCCGACCUUGAGGUGGCCAUGCUGCUCCGGGAUGACCUCGUCUGCCGCUCCAUCAACGACCGCCAUGUCAACUCCAAAUACUUGUCAGAAUACAGCUUGCCAGAAAAUAUUGUUGCAACAACUAGUGCUAGUGAAGCUUUAGCAGGAGCUAAUUUCUGCUUCCACGCUGUCCCUGUUCAGUUCAGUUCAUCCUUUCUUGGGAGUAUUUCAACAUAUGUUGAUCCAAAGUUGCCAUUCAUAUCACUUAGCAAAGGGCUGGAACUUAACACCCUUCGGACAAUGUCUCAAAUCAUUCCUCUUGCACUGGGAAAUCCUCGCCAACCAUUUAUUGUUCUGUCAGGACCUUCUUUUGCAGUAGAACUGAUGGAGAAACUACCAACAGCUAUGGUGGUGGCAUCCAAAGACAGAAAGCUGGCAAGUGCUGUUCAACAGCUCUUAGCGUCUUCAAAUUUGAGGAUAAGCACAUCAAGUGACGUUACAGGGGUAGAAAUUGCAGGCGCACUUAAGAAUGUUCUUGCAAUAGCAGCAGGUAUAGUUGAAGGUAUGCAUCUUGGAAAUAAUUGUAUGGCUGCCCUUGUUGCUCAAGGCUGUUCUGAAAUUCGGUGGUUGGCGACAAAGAUGGGAGCAAAGCCAACAACCCUUUCUGGUUUAUCUGGCUCAGGUGAUAUCAUGCUUACAUGUUUUGUAAAUCUUUCACGGAACAGAAAUGUGGGAUUGCGUCUUGGUUCAGGCGAGAAACUUGAUGAGAUCUUGAAUUCAAUGAAUCAGGUUGCUGAAGGUGUGUCAACUGCUGGCGCUGUCAUUGCAUUAGCUCAGAAGUACAACGUCAAACUGCCAGUCCUGACAGCAGUUGCACGAAUAAUUGAUAAUGAACUAACUCCGAAGAGAGCUGUUAUGGAGUUAAUGAAUCUUCCACAGGUCGGUCAUUCAACCUCAUGUUUGAUCCAGUUCUUCCUAAUGAACUGUUUUCUCUCACAAACAUACAUCUUUUGCUACCAUUUCGGAAGUGUUAUGCAAACUUGUCCUGAUGAUACUUAAGUAGGCCUCCUCUCUAGAAACAGACUAAAAAUUGCAUGGUCUUUUAUUUCGGAAAUAAUGGGAUACUUGAGGGACCAAAAAUAUAAUAUUCUCUAUUUAUUUGGACCAUAUUCAAUGCAAUCUAUACUUUAGACCGAUCCUUGUAUAAUCGCUAAUCUUGUUGAUAAAAUUGGCCAUACAUUUUGAAACGGUGCUUGUAGUAAAGUUUGGAUAGUUUGACUGAUAAUACCAAUGUGGAUUUUCCAGCAAUUACCAUUUGCAGCCAUAGUGUUGAACAUCUGUUUGCUUACUUUUGCAACUAUCCUACAUUUCCAGCUAAAAAAACUAGUAUAUACUUUUCAGUGAGUUUU